GGUUCGGUUCGGAUUGCUGCGGGUCGGCUCUCCUAGGGGAGCGUCUGCGGGGUGGGGAAAACCGUCGGUCUGGCAGCCGCAGAACGCCCGCCUGCACCGAGGCCUGCGCGUGGCUCACACGGGUUUGUUUGUUAAACUUGUGCUGCAGAGGGUACUAAAAAUAAUUCCGCUUCGGGGCUGCCCAAAACCUAGUGUUAACUGAAGCUGAAAUGUGGAAUUGUGUGCGGCAGCGUAUGCGGGACUCCGGUGAGAGGCGUGCAGAGCUGGAAUGUCCUCCGCAGGAGCAUCUCCAAAAGAGGCUGGUUUAGAACUGGGGAAGCAGUGUUGCUGCUGGGUCUGACUGCUGGUGAUGCGGUUCAAGGUUGUGUGUGGUGAUAAAGGGUGACGCGCGCCCUGACCUAAGUGAACUGUAUUUCAAGAAUCUUUCAAAACAGAAACAAAAAGAAGACAUGGAGAAGAAUGGAAACAACCACAAACUUCGUGUUUGUGUUGCUACCUGCAACCGUGCUGAUUAUUCAAAAUUAGCUCCUAUUAUGUUUGGUAUUAAGGCAGAACCACAGUUCUUUGAGCUUGAUGUCGUAGUGCUUGGUUCCCACUUGAUUGAUGAUUAUGGUAACACUUAUCGCAUGAUUGAACAAGAUGACUUCGAUAUUCAUACAAGAUUGCACACUAUUGUGAGAGGGGAGGAUGAGGCAGCCAUGGUGGAAUCAGUAGGCCUCGCAUUAGUGAAGUUACCAGAUGUCCUGAACCGCCUGAAACCUGACAUAAUGAUAGUUCAUGGUGACAGAUUUGAUGCUUUGGCACUAGCCACAUCUGCAGCCCUGAUGAAUAUUCGCAUUCUUCACAUUGAAGGUGGGGAAGUCAGUGGGACCAUUGACGACUCUAUUAGACAUGCUAUCACCAAACUUGCCCAUUACCACGUGUGCUGCACAAGGAGUGCAGAGCAGCAUUUGAUAGCCAUGUGUGAAGACCACGAUCGCAUCCUUUUAGCAGGCUGUCCUUCAUAUGACAAGCUUCUCUCUGCCAAAAAUAAGGACUACAUGAGUGUUAUACGUGUAUGGCUAGGUGAAGAUGUUAAACCCAGAGAUUAUAUAGUUGCUCUGCAACAUCCUGUAACCACAGAUAUUAAACAUUCCAUAAAGAUGUUUGAACUGACACUAGAUGCGCUCAUUUCCUUUAACAAGAGAACGCUUGUUCUAUUCCCCAAUGUAGACGCAGGAAGCAAAGAGAUGGUUCGGGUGAUGAGGAAAAAGGGCAUUGAACAUCAUCCCAAUUUUCGGGCAGUGAAGCAUGUCCCAUUUGACCAGUUCAUUCAGCUAGUUGCCCAUGCUGGUUGUAUGAUUGGUAACAGCAGUUGUGGUGUCAGAGAAGUGGGAGCAUUUGGCACACCUGUUAUCAACUUGGGGACACGCCAGACAGGAAGAGAAACAGGUGAAAAUGUUCUUCAUGUUCGUGAUGCUGACACACAGGAUAAAAUUCUGCAUGCGCUACAGCUCCAGUUUGGUAAGCAGUAUCCAUGCUCAAAAAUAUAUGGUGAUGGUAAUGCUGUUCCAAGGAUUUUGAAGUUCCUUAAAUCUAUUGACCUCAAAGAGCCAUUGCAAAAGAAAUUCUGUUUUCCUCCUGUCAAAGAUAAUAUUUCUCAAGAUAUAGACCACAUUCUAGAGACACAGAGUGCUUUGGCUGUGGACUUAGGUGGAACAAAUCUCCGAGUAGCAAUUGUCAGUAUGAAGGGUGAAAUAGUUAAGAAGUAUACCCAGCUCAACCCUAAAACUUAUGAAGACAGACUAGAUCUAAUUCUAAAGAUGUGUGUAGAAGCUGCAUCGGAGGCAGUAAAUCUGAACUGCAGAAUUUUGGGAGUAGGUAUUUCCACAGGUGGACGUGUAAACCCUCGAGAAGGAAUUGUGCUUCACUCCACAAAGCUCAUUCAGGAGUGGAGCUCUGUAGAUCUCAGAACCCCAAUAUCUGAUGCUCUGCACUUGCCAGUCUGGGUGGACAACGAUGGAAACUGUGCUGCUCUAGCAGAAAGGAAAUUUGGUCAUGGAAAAGGAAUAGAAAAUUUUGUAACACUCAUCACUGGUACAGGAAUUGGAGGUGGAAUCAUACAUCAACAUGAAUUGAUCCAUGGCAGUUCUUUCUGUGCUGCUGAGCUUGGGCAUAUUGUAGUAUCUUUAGAUGGACCAGAGUGCCUGUGUGGUAGCCAAGGAUGUAUAGAAGCGUAUGCCUCUGGAAUAGCAUUACAGAGAGAAGCUAAGAAACUGCAUGACGAGGAUCUGCUUUUAGUAGAAGGAAUGUCAAUGAAGAAUGAAGAGGUUGUUAGUGCUGCACAUCUCAUUCAAGCAGCUAAACUUGGAAACACAAAGGCAGAAAGCAUUCUCAGAACAGCUGGUACAGCAUUAGGACUUGGAGUUGUGAACAUUCUGCACACCAUGAACCCCUCCCUUGUGAUCCUUUCUGGAGUUCUAGCCAGCCACUAUAUUAAUGCUGUCAAAGAUGUGAUACAUCGACAGGCUCUGUCAUCUGUUAAAACUGUGGAUGUGGUGGUCUCAAAUCUAGCAGACCCUGCUCUUCUUGGAGCUGCUAGCCUGGUACUGGAUUAUACUACCCGUAGAAUAUACUAGGUGCCUGGAAGAAUUACAGAAAUGAACUAUUCAUAUUCCUUAUGGGUGGAGGGAAUACUUUGCCCAAAAUCUUUUUUUGACCAGAGCAGCUACAGAAUCAGAGUAAUGAUGUUCUAAAUAGUUAGUGACUACAUUUCCUAAUUGAGGUAUUAGCUUUUUGUAGUUUUUCUAAAUUUCAUCAAAAUUCGUAGGAACUAUUGUGCAAUUCUGUUGAUUUUAAUCACCUCAAAGCCCAGAGUAGGCUUUAAGUGUAGCUGAAUUAUUUAUGAGCGUAUCUUGAUGUAAGGUAGGGAAUAUGUGUAUUGUGUCAAAUUAUAGCUAAUACUUGGGGAUCCAGUUCUCAUUUUUCACCUUUGUGAAAUGAGAAGUCUACAAUGUGACCAGCUUUUCGAUUUACAGGUUUCCACCCACACAGUAAAUAGGAUACAAUCACCAACAGCAGGUGUUAGUUUCUGUAAGUGGAAACAACAGAAGGUGCCUCCGCAAACAAAGCUCUAUUUAGAAGUGGUUUGUGAAGGACUUGGAGGAUACAGUUAUUUAUUACAUCGCCGUUAGAGGGCAGAGUCCCAUUUUAGAAGCUUUGCAUAUGAAGGAGAAAGAUGUCUCGUGAGCUUGCACGCUGCAAGAGCAGUCCAAACAAACUGACAAGUGUAGCAGUGUUCACCUUUGUGUUCUGGCUACAGCCCGCAGUAAGUAUUUUUAUUUUUGAGGUUGAAUUUCAUUUUAAUGGGUAUUCUCAAGGGACUUAGUCUACCACUUUGUCUCCCAAAUUAGCAGAGGGGACUUUAUUCUUCAGUGGCCAGUUAUCUGACAGCCAAUAAUGUGGUAUAUAUAAGCAUAAAGACUGCCUCUUGAGAAAUCUCAUUCACUGCAGAGUGACUUAGCGCAUCUCCUCAGCAGUGCUGGGGAUGCAGGUGAAGUGUCAGUGAUGUCCUGCAUUUACCAUCAACUCAUAGGAUGGAAAGUUAAAUCUGAGCCUCGUCCUCACAAGGUAUUUAUUAGCCUUGGAGCAGCUAACCUUAAAGGCUUGCCUUGUUAAAAAACAGUUUAUAUGACACUCUGGAAAUUUUUACAGGAAACAUUCUGAGAGAGAGAGAGGGCUUUUCUGGGACCUGCAUAGAGGCCAAAGAUCACACAGUGUACUGUGUGCAUUUAAGGAAGGCAGGUUUCUUUAGCUUUAAGUCUUUAUUUGAUACAUAGUUCUGUCUCUAUUGAUCUGCUUUUUGGCAUGCUUUCAAGAUGCUGUAAUACUGACAAUUACUUGACACAAGAAGAAACUUAAAAACAGGACAGUGUAAGUGGUCAGCUAUCCCAGAAAAAAGACAGCAGCCAGAGAAACAAUCUUGUAUCCUGGCAUUUAAUGAAUCAUCUACUCCAUAGUGAGGAUAUACUGGCUCUUAACCUUUGCUAAGUUGCAUCAGGCUUUAUGUGUUCCUUUUCAUUAGUGUCUGGAUUUAGUUGAUGGGUUCCUUCACUAACUAGGACUAGACUAGACUAACU